CUUAGAUUGAGUCAGUAGGUCUGUCAGUCAGGGGUUGACGUCUACGUGGUGAAAUUUGGAACCACUAACCCGGUUGUACACUUAUCACCAUGGUUGAGACCCGUAGUGGGAAGGAGACUAGCCCCUACAGCACUGAGAAGCAAGAAAAGAUGACCGCCUUAGUCAGAGAGAAUAAGGACAGGAAAGAGCGUGAAAAGCAAGCCAAGCUAAAGGCUAUCGCAGACGAGCAGGCGGCGAAGAUGAAGAGAUUGGAGGAGGAGAUGAAGAGGGUACAACAGGAGGUGGAAGAAAGAAGGAAGGCUGCUGAAGCAGAAGCGGCAGCAGAAGAAGAGAAAGAGAGAAUGAGAAUUGAGAGUGGAGAAGGGAGCAGUGGUGGCACGAUGAAGUGGGAGACAGACACUGAGCUGGAGAAGAAGAUCGGCGAGUGGGUCGCUAAUUUAUCGUUGGGGGAAGACGAGGAGGCGGAGUCCUAUGUGACUAAGGAUGAGAAGGCUGCGCUGGCCGCUGAGCUAGCAGCCAUGACAGACCCAAUGGAACGAAGAGAAAGGGAAGACGAGCAAAAGUUAGCAUGGAAGUUGAGAAUGAAGAGGGAGAAGAAGAGGAGGAGAGAGGAACUGAAUAAGAUGACCGCAGCAGUGGCAAGGGUGCAGGAGUGUAGAGCGGAGGUGCUGGCCCAGCCAGAUGAUAAGGCCAAGUGGGACAAGGUACUGGGCUAUCUAAAGGUGUUGAGCAAGGCCUGGAUGGAAGAGCGCCAGGCAAGUUGGAGCCAAGAUGUAGCCUUGAGUGCCAUGCGGUCAUGGUUUAGAGACUUUGCGCGCGAGAUCGUCACCCAUAUUGGGGGCGAAUCCCUCAAAGAUGAAGCGGCUAGCUUCGCCAGGUCUCUUGCGCGUACAGCCGGUUGUGAAAACAACCUGGUUGCGUAUUCCAAAGUCACUCCUCUCUCCCAAUUCCUCAAGCUCCUCAAGGAGCGGUUCGCUGACCCAACGCGAGGCAUUAGAGCCUCUGAUAAGCUCCAAAUGAUUCACUUUCGGCACUGGAGGAGUGCUAAGGCACUCAAGGGUACUAUGGACGACUUGGUAGCCGUCCCGGACCACGGGGUCACCGAGCCCCAGUUGGUCCAGUUGUUUUAUCGUGCCAUCCCAAAGGCCCUACGCGGGCAUUUCUUUGACAAGUCUCAGCAGGCCGACAUCACAUAUGAUCAAUUGAGUAGGGAGGUCGUCCUGUAUGAGUCAAAGUCUAUGCCAGUUACCACUUUCCGGCAUAAGGACCUGGAGAAGGGGAAGAAGUGGAAGAAUCGUACUAUCUCAGGCCAAGUAAAGGCCAAGGACCACAUGAUCCUGACGUUAGAGGAAGGUGGUACUGAUGAGGUCCCAUAUGAUCAGAUUGAGUGGGGCCUUGAAGAUGAUGGCAGUAAUGUGGGGCAGGGGAGGUCUUACGCUGCUGUCGCGGCUGGAGGGAGGCCGCAAGGAGGAGGAGGAGGCCAGGGCCAAAGGGGCCAGGCCAUGGGAGGCCAAGGACCGGGCGCACAGGGGGUUGGUGGACAGGGAAACCGCCAAGCGGGAGGUAGGGGUCAAGGUCCCCCGUCAAAUCGCCAGGGUAAUCGGUCCCCACAACGAAGAGGUGGAAGGGCAACUCAAGGAGGUUGGCACCCAGGCUUGCCACAGGGCAGGCCCUGGGAAGACUUGGGUUUGGACCGACAAUUAUGGGUCAGUGCGUAUUCUGUGGUGACCCGGCCCACGUUAUCAAAUUUUGUCCAAAGUAUAGACAGGCCCGUUGGGCUGCCCAGCAGUCAAAAGGCAGCCGCCAGUAGGGGUCGCAACUGCCCCUACUUCAAGGCCAUGUGGAGAAGUGAGCGCGCGCGAACAGGACACUCCCAACCCAUAUGAGCCUAUGACAGAGGUUGCAGGCCCGUGCCUAGAUAGUUGUCCAGAGACCGCCUGUGUAAGCGUCUCUUUAGGCACGUUCCUCACAGGUGUGGCAGAAGAAUUAAAGGAGAGGAUGCCAGUCUGGGCCAAAAUGAAGAAGGAGAGUAAAGGACAGCUGAUUUU